UGGAGCGGACUCGCGGCUGCAGCAGUUCCCGAACGGGCAGCCGGGCGCUCGGCCGCCGCGUCUAGGGCUGAGCCCUGCGACGAGGCUGCUUGCUCCGAAAUCCUCCCGGAUCUUAAGGCGGUAGGUGGUCGGGGAUGACGAGCCAAACGAGGACAGAAGUCAGGCCCCGGGGUGUGAGGAGGCCGGUGGACGCCGUCUCCGAGGGCGGACACGGGGAAAGUUGAGUAUGGAGCCUCAAGGUCUUUGAGAUAAUGGAAACCAAAAAAUUGAUUGGUAAACCACUUCAACCAGCAAGACCUGUUCGUCAUCUGACUUCUCCCCCUGGAACAGUAUUCCCUUUCAACUUCCAAAAUGAAUAUCCAUGCAACACCCAGUACUUACAAAGUGGAGUUAGCAGAUGUAAGACGAACGGAAUGCAAGCCUUUUCUCAAGGUCUUAAUGAACAACAUCAGUCUCCAGUUAAAAAAGAGAGAAUCAAAUACAGCAGAGAUUUCCUGUUGAAGCUCUCAAGUGUUUCCAUCUGCAGAAAAAAACCAGACUUUCUGCCUGAUCAUCCCAUUGUACUUCAAAAACCAGAAAACAACCAAAGCUUUAAGUAGCAUUUUAAGAAUAUAUGUAUUUGAAGAUAAAGAAUUAUUAAUUUUAUAUUUUGGACACCUGCAAAUAAAGUGGAUCUAUUAACAACUGUAAUGGACUGUAACAAUUCAAUUUAUUUUUAAUUUUGAUGGUUGGGUAUUUGGUUUCUCCUAAAAUGAGAAAGAGAUAUUUUAAACUAUAAAGAAUUUUCUAAUCAGUUUCAGCUUUGCAGGCAGUUUCCUGCAUAAAUUGGGAAGUAACACUGGAAAGUAGGAAUUUGGUUAGUGAA